AUGGAGAGAAACCAUGCAGAAGCAGCUGUUGCCCAACUCAGACCCACUGAAGCUCCAGCUUCUGAUAAUGAUCGAUAUAUUGCUAUUAUUUUGUCUAUGGCUAGUUUGGCAUACAAGAAGGAGAGCGUAACCAAGUCCUCUGCAUUCAUUGAUUCCAUUCUGAAAAAUGCUCGGUUUUUUGUAAUAUUUGUUGUGUUCCUUCUUUGCCGUUAUGUAAAUCAUAUAUCAAUGUAUCAAGUGCUCUUCUUCGUCUCUCUGACCCCUUUGCUACUCUACUUCUACAUCAAGCAUGUGCCGUUUAUGUUCUUAGAGGAAGACAUCAAGUGGAUUCGAAGAGAAUCGAGGCUCCUGGAUGCUAUUGCAGAGGAUGCAGCAAAAGUUAUGCACUUAAGGGAUCAUAUAGGUACAAUACAACAACAAAUCUUGGAUCCCAGGAUUUACUCUGUUGAAGUACCUAUAAAAGGAUUGGAUCAGUCUGAGGUAGCGUGGUUGACCAAAACCAUAUCAGUGGUUCGAAAAGCAAAAGACCUAUUCAAAACUUUUGAGAAGCAGAGAAGAGACUCCCACAUGAUAUCUUUUGUUGCAAUGACUACAAAGAAUUUCAUGGAUAUAGAAGGGCUGUUCAUUGAAACUAAGCGCGUGAAGGAUGACAUAAACGAAACCAUUUCGAUGAAGAAGGUACAUGGGAUUAACAUAUGUGAAUCGCUGGAGAGAUCAAGGUCUAUUAUUAGAAGCCUGCUGGAAAGACCGAUUUAUGAGCACGAUCAAGAACAACGGGUGGAUUUCAAAGGACGAAUUGCCUCUGUAGCUGCUUUGACUUCCUCUAUUGUUAACACAAUAAACCGCCUCACCCAACACCCAGCAUUACUGCGUAAGAGUAUUGGAGAGCAAAUAGACUCAAUAAAACUGCAAUUGCUACUUCUGCAUCCCUUUCUGAAAGAAAUAGAAGGACUUCCUUUCGAAAGUGAAAUCGAGGGGGCAUGGGUGAAGGAAGUGGAAGAGGUUAUUCAAGAAGCAGAUCUUGCCAUCAACAACUUCUCACAGAGGCCUGCAAACCGAAUCAGUAGUUGGAAGGCAAGAAGAAAGCUCGAGGGGGACUUGAGGUGCGUUGGCACUGGAUUUGCAGAACUUUUAAAGAGGAAGGAAAGAUAUGGCUUCGAAUUUAUAAGAAGAGAUUCGUCGAAGUUUGUCUAUCAAUCCCCACAUCACAAUACCAGUGAUGACAAGAUUAUUACAUCUUUAGUCGACAGGAUGUACAGCCACCUCAAUCACAAGUCAGAUGCAUUGGGUGAAGUAUUUUAUGAAGUCACCUCGCUAUGCAAUCAGCUGAAAGGCAUGUAUAAACUUGUAGACGAUGCAGGAAUGGUUGGAAGCCGAUUUAACUCCAGAGUGGCUUGGCUGAAGCAAAUGAGGAUUAUUGUUCAAAGUGCUGAUAAAUGUGUGCAAGCCUUCAUAGACGACUCAUGUAUUAUAAGGAGAUCAAACCAUCUAUUUAAAACAAGAGCUGGGAUAAAGCUUUGCCGUGAAAUUGACAGAAUCCAGCAUACUAUCAGUCUUGUUGUGAGAAGCGUAAAAGCAUACGGCAUUGAAUUGAGGGAAGAGUCAAGCUCAGUGGUCGGUUUGGAGGAAGACAUCCAAGCAUUGGUGUCACAACUGACAACCAACAGUGAACAACACUCUGUUAUUUCCAUUUUGGGCAUUGAGGGCAUAGGUAAGACAACAUUAGCAAAUAAAAUUUUUGAUCAUGGAACAGUUUCGCGCCACUUUACUCGUCGUGUAUGGAUUUCUCUACCCUGGAAGUCCAAUGUGCCUUGGGUCCAAGAGGUACAUGAUCUUGUAGAUGAGGAGCGGUACCUUUUAGUCCUAGACAACAUCUCCACAGUAGAUGAGUUGAAUACUCUUAGAGCAGGAUUCAUUCCAGUAACAUCAAGCGGAAGCAGAAUUCUAUUCACUACACGACAUAGUGAUUUGGCUAAAAAGUUUAACAAUACUCCUCACCAACUUCGACUGCGAACCAAAGAAGAGAGCUGGAAAUUGCUUACCCAGAUGGUGCACUUUUCUCCAAAAGAGGAAAUGCUAGCAAAAGAAAUUUUAGGUAAAUGUGGGGGUUUUCCACUAGCCAUCUUACGUGUUGGAUAUCUAAUGUCUGGGGAAGAUGUGACUGCUGUAGAGGAGUUAGAAGAGAUGCUCGAAGACAUCAUAGAGAAUGAUCCACCAUCGUUACAAACAUACACCAUAGAUUCCAUAAAACACUUGCUUCCUGAACAUCUGUCUAAGUGCCUUUCUUACUUAAAGCUCUUCCCGUUGGACUUUGAAAUUCCCGCAAGGAGACUAAUUGCUUUGUGGCUGGCAGAAGGUUUGGUACAAGUGCAUGGUAAUAACACUAUAACUUCUGAAGAUGUUGCGGAAAAGUAUCUAUCGCAGUUGAUUGGUUUAGGCAUGAUUCAAAUUGUUGAACGAAAGCUUAAUGGGGAAGUCAAGACGUGUAGAUUACCCUAUUCUCUACCUGUCCGCAGCUUGGAGGCUACAAGUUCAAAUCAUAGAGUUGCUCUUCGUUUUAAAAGAAAUGAUCUUCCAAUUACGGUCAGCGAGAGCUUAUCAAAAGUUGCAAGCCCUCUUCUUUCUAUUCUCUCCUUUGAUACUCGAGAAGGAAAUAAACCUGGCGAAGAAAUAGGCAACUUUCUUCAUAAAGUAAUUGCAGAUGGUUGCUUCCGACCACUUCAGGUUCUUGAUCUUGAACGUGUAUUCAGACCUGAAUUCCCCAAGGCGAUUGGGAAACUAAGCAACCUGAAGUAUCUAGGCUUGAGGUGGACUUACCUUCAAUCAAUCCCAACAUUCAUUGGCGAUUUGCUAAAGCUCCAAACCUUAGAUGUGAAGCAUACAAAUGUCCGUGCUCUCCCUAGUUCAAUAUGGAAACUACAGAAACUUCGACACCUAUACUUAAACCAGAGUUGCAGAAGUAAAUUUGUGUAUCAACAAGGUGGCAAUUCCCUGAAGAAUCUCCAGACAUUAUGGGGUGUUUUUGUUGAUAAAGACAGUCCUUUGAAAGAUGGGUUGGACAAGUUGAUCAGCCUCAGAAAAUUGGGUCUGGCAUUCCAGUUAGGCAAAAUAAAGCAAGAACUAAUAGCAGAAUGGAUUGGAAAGCUGAAGCACCUCAAGUCUUUGAGAGUUAGAUCAGUUGGUGAAACGGACGAAUCCAGUUAUAUAAUUUUCAUGCCUUUGUCUGGUCUCAUCAAUCUGUCCAGCCUAAAUCUUAAUGGAAAGCUAGCUCCUCCCAUUGUAGCUGAGUUCCCCAAAAACCUCACUGAUCUUACUUUGUCAGCCUCUCUUCUUCCAGAUGAUCCAAUGCCCGAGUUAGAGAAACUCUCUAACCUUAAGUUACUCUGUUUUUACUCCAACUCUUACACAGGUAACAAGAUGCUUUGCUCUGCGGGAGGCUUUCCACGACUAGUAGUGUUGAAGUUGUGGAAUCUAGAAAAACUUGAAGUUUGGCAUGUGGAGGAAAAGGCAAUGCAAAGUCUCAGAGAGCUCGAGAUAAGAUCCUGCACAAAUCUGAAGGUCCCGAGUGGGUUGAGGCACCUAAAGUCUCUGAUCGAAUUGAAGUUAACUAAUAUGCCAGAAGGAUUUACAGCAACCAUUGCGCAAACCAAGGCUCAACUUUGGGAUGACCUUAAGCAUUCCCCAGCAAUCACUGCAGUUAACUGGCACCCCAUGCUGAGGAAAUCAUAG